AACUUCGUAACUUCCGGGCCUAGGACGCUGAGCCCAGGCUCUGCCCAUUACUGACGUCUUCUUUGUUCAAUAACCUUUAGCGCCCGAGCUUUUCCUGGUUUCUUAUUGGCUGCCGCGUGAGGUACCGCCUCCACCCUUCCUCUCUCCUUGGUAGAAAUUGCUGGACGCUUCUGGGCGUUUCGCAGUUUGUCUUCGCUGAUCGGUGAGACUUCUAGCAGUUAGGAUGCCGCGUGGAAGCCGAAGCCGCACUUCCCGGGUGACUCCUCCGGCCAGCCGGGCCCCUCAGAUGAGGGCUGCUCCCCGAAGAGCACCUGCAGCUCAGCCUCCAGCAGCAGCUGCACCAUCUGCAGUUGGCUCACCUGCCGCUGCGCCCCGACAGCCAGGCCUGAUGGCCCAGAUGGCUACCACCGCGGCCGGUGUGGCUGUGGGCUCUGCAGUGGGGCACACCCUGGGCCACGCCAUCACUGGGGGCUUCAGCGGAGGUGGCAGUGCUGAGCCCGCAAAGCCUGACAUCACUUACCAGGAGCCUCAGGGAGCCCAGCUGCAGAACCAGCAGUCUUUUGGACCUUGCUCUCUAGAGAUCAAGCAGUUUCUGGAGUGUGCUCAGAACCAGAGCGAUGUCAAGCUCUGUGAGGGCUUCAACGAGGUACUGCGGCAGUGCAGGAUUGCAAAUGGUUUAAUGUAAUCAAGAAAUUCAAGCUGAAGAGAUGUAACAUUGGUUCUGUAUAACUGAUAGUACAAUAGUACAAGUGUGGACCCUUAUAUUUCUAACAGCUCCAUUGCUUUGGAAUGGCCAUGAAAGAGAUCUAACUAUGGAUGCUUACUGAGGCUUGUAUGUAGUGUUGGUUACUGGGCACGUGUUUGGCCUCCUUGGACUGUGUUGUGAUUGUGAGUUAAAAAAAAAUAAAUUGGUUAUUCUGAA